GAGCGCCUCCGCAUUUCGAACGAAAGGGGGGAAAGGAACAAACAGAUCGAGGGAGAAAGAAAAAAAAAAUCCACCGUCUUCUCGUGGUCUCCUCCUCCUCCUCCUUCCAAACCCUAGCUGCCCCGCCGCCCCCACACCUCGCCGUCGCCGACGCCGCCGCGCGCCAUGGCGAAGUCGCGGCCGCCCAAGCGGAUCCUCGAGUCUUACACCAUCAAGGGCUCCGACAGAGUCAUCAAGCCUGGUGAUUGUGUGCUAAUGAGAGCAUAUGAUGCAUCCAAGCCACCCUAUGUGGCAAGAGUUGAGGCAAUUGAGGCAGCAGGAUCUCGAGGCACAAAUGUGAGAGUACGGGUGCGAUGGUAUUAUAGGCCUGAGGAGUCCAUUGGUGGGAGACGACCUUUUCAUGGUUCCAAGGAGGUCUUCCUCUCUGACCACUAUGAUUUACAAAGUGCUGACACGAUCGAGGGGAAGUGCAAUGUCCACAGCUUCCGUAGUUAUACAAAGCUUGAUUCUGUCAAUGCUGAGGACUUCUUCUGCCGCUUUGAGUAUAAAUCAGCUACAGGCAGCUUCGUCCCCGAUCGGAUAGCUGUGUUUUGCAAGUGUGAGAUGCCAUACAACCCUGAUGAUCUUAUGAUCCAAUGCGAGGAAUGUUCUGACUGGUUUCAUCCUGCUUGCAUUGGGAUGACUAUCAAAGAAGCAAAGAAACUUGAGCAUUUUUUCUGCCAGACUUGUACGGCUGAAAAUGGGAAGAUGGCAGAGAAUUCUCAUGAAGCUACAGCGCAGUCAGAAGAAAAGCCAGUGGAGUCAAAAAGACGGAGACGGUGAUGGCCCUGCUGAUUAAUCUAUGACAACUGCUCGGUUGUACAAAAGCCUUCUGAGGUCUGUAAUGCCAUUUGUUGUUGCAGUCUGUGGCUCUAGGGGUCCUUCUGAUGUCAGGCACAUGCUGUACAUAGCUUGCAACCUGAUGAGAUUGUUGUAUUAGAGAGAGCAUACUAGGAUAUUUGCAUGGUAGUGUUGGACUAUCAGAGUAUGUGUAGAGUAUGGCAGCAUCAUGCCAGCAUCAGGUGAUCAAUCUUUGGGCAUUUUAGGACUCGUUCAUCAUCUAGCAAUAAUAUCGCCACACAGCUGGGUCUGGCCAGUCAUCGUGUUUGUUGAGAAAACUCUGUACUUCAUGUGAACUUUGAAAUUCUCUAUGUAAUGCAAGCAUCUCGGUGUGGUACCUGCAAAA